AUGAGGGGUCCCCUGAAGGCUAGCCCUGUCCACAGCCCUGCCUGGAACAGACUGCUUCUAACAGGCACCCUGCUCGCAUCCUGCAUCUGCUCAGCCUCCUCGGAGCUGCUCGCCUCUGCAUCUCGGGCCUUCCUGACCGAAGGAGCCAGCGUUCACCUUCCAGUCCCCAGCAAACUUGAUGGUAUGCUCUCCAUUUCUUGGUUCUGAGGGCAUGAAGCCUGGCCAGAAGCCAUGGUCUUCUCCGCUGAGGGUCUCCCAGGGCCCGGCCACACUGGCCAGGAGAUGCUGGGCGACCAAGGCAGCCUGGUCAUGAGAAACCUAACAGCUCAUGACUCAGGCAGCUACACUACGGUGGCCUCCCUUCCUGUUCACACAGACCUCAAGGUGACGGUGCUAUGGACAUAUCCGAUGGCCAGGCUGGGCGUCAUCCGGUGUGAUCUCAACUACUCGGUGACGAUGCAUUGUGUGACCACGAUCAGACCCGGACCUGUGCUGCACUGGACCUUCGAGGGGAAGCCACGGGGGACUGGGGAGUUGCUGAUCAUCCGGCGCUUGUCCAGGGAGGACUUGGGCAACUAUACGUGCAUGGCCAAGGACAACCAGGGACAGGAUUUCUCCGACACUAUGACCGUCUCACUGCCAACCAACGUGGAUCCCGCAGAUGAGCCCAUCGAGCCAGACCCCAUCAUCACUGUGUCAGGAGCGGCUGCCAUCGCCCUCAUCAUUGCUGGGAGUGUGGGGUUGGUGACAGUGUUGGGAGGCAUUGGCUGCACCAUCGCCCAGGCCAAAAGGACCGACAGGCGAAGAAUACGAAAAUGCUGCUGA